UUCCCCGCGAACGCCCGAGUGUCGUCUGUCCCCUUCAGGUCCUCCGUCGGCGUCCCUGAUUUCCUUCCUUUUAAGGCCUCCCGUGCACAAUGGCCAGCGCCGCAGCUCGCAGUUUCAUGCUGAUAGGGCAGUGCAUAGCCCACGAGACCAAGAACGCUGCGAAAGUCCGUGUGAAGAAAUUGCAGUUUGAUGAGAGGUUACACAUGUAUUUUCCAAAACACACCAACUUCUAUGCCCAUGACCCAGACAAGCAGUGCAAGGUUGGAGAUAUUGUGCUUAUCAAAGUAUUGCCUGAAAAAAUGACGAGAUUUAUUACACACUCCCUCGUCAAAGUUGUCUAUCCGUUUGGAGAUGUAACGGAUCCCAUUACUGGCAAGAAAUGUGUGGUUAGCAGUUACAGGGAGAACAUCGACAAACGUAACGAGAUGUUUGGCAUGGCGGAAGAAGGAGCCAGUAACUUUGAUUACGCAGAAGCACCAGAGAGAGGAUGGCAGGAGGGCAAGAAAGAUUUUACACACAAGGUUGGCUACAAGAAAUGGCACGAAUUUGAACCCGGCCAUCCACUCUAUAAUGAUCCUGUUGCUAGCUAGAUUGGCUGUAAUGAAAGUCCUUAAACUGCAACUUGUAUAUUUUGUAUUCAGAAAUUACAAAUGAAAUAUAUUGUGUAUCUUCUUCAAAGGCUGUAAAUACAGUGUGAUCAAGUUAUACUAAAAAAGAUCUAGAUGGUAUGCUCUCCUUGGUUAUAUUUUUUUCUGUUUUGAAAGAAGUUUGUACUAGAAUCAGUUCAAGUUAAUAUAAUGUGUACUAAUUAGCAAAUAACAGUUUAUCAAAAUGUAAAAAAUAAUUAUUUGAAUUACAUGAACACUUUUUUAACUUAGAAGAAACUGCAUUUUAUCUAGAUCUUUUACUGAUAUAAAAUAAUGUUACUGUAUUUAAGUAUUCAAUUUGAGUAGAUCACACAACAUUUCAUGAAGUUUUCAGAAUUGUAAAUAUUUUGUGCACAUUUAUAUGUUAAUGUAAGUGUUAAAAAUACACAUAAUUAUAUGUAACAA